AUGGCUGCGGCAAACGGUAGAAUACGUUGUUUCACCUGUAAUAAAGAAAAGGCCACAUCGAAAUGUGCUGGUUGUUUGAAAGAUUUCUGUUAUAACCAUUUGGGUGAUCAUCGUCAACAAUUAGCAAUUCAUUUAGAUGAGAUUGAAGUUCAAAGAGAUCUAUUUCGACAAACACUCACUGAACAAGCGACUGAUCCACAAACACAUCCACUGGUCAAAGAAAUCGAACAAUGGAAAAAUGAUUCAAUCGAUAAAAUUCAUAAAACAGCUGAAGAACUUAAACAGAUAUUAUUUGAGCAUACUUCGCGUCACACACAUCAAUUAGAAGGAAAAUUAAAUACGUUGACAAAUCAUAUUCGAGAGUGUCGAGAGGAAAAUGAUAUUAUGGAAACAGAUUUAAGUCGUUGGCAAAAUGAACUUACAGAACUCAAUGAACAAUUAAUUAAACCGCAAAAUAUGACAAUUCAGUACGAUUCAACACCAUUAGUGACCAACAUUCACAUUGCAGAUACAUCCUCACUGAAUCAUUCUAAUGACGGUAAAACGACAGCAAGAAUUGUUCAGAAACCCUACGUAAAUCAAGAGAAUCAAGCAGUUAAUUUUCAUGCAACUAUACAAAGACAGAGAGAUGUAUCCGCUAAACAAUGUCUCAAAUUGACGCAGUUGUCAAAAGCUUUAUCAUGGUUACUACGGCAUGCAGUGACACAAGAAGGUAUACAAUAUCAAUAUGAUGGUUAUGUCUUUGUGGAAGAUGUACUAAGGCAUCCGACAUUCUCUAAUAAGUAUACGAUUCAAGACAUCCGUCAAUGCGUCGAAACAAAUGAAAAACAACGUUUUGUGCUUAAAACUGAUCAGAGAACAGGAAAAGAAAUGAUUCGAGCACAACAAAGACAGUAG